AUGGAAACUGAGUACUUGAAGAGAUGCUUUGGAAAUUGCCUGGCCCAGGCACUGGUGGAAGUGGCAAAGGCUCAGCCCAGUGACCCAAUAGAGUACUUGGCUCACUGGCUUUAUCAUCACUGGAAAAUUACGAAGGCAAAAGAAGAGAAUAUGCAAGAGAACAUCCAGCUAAAGGAGGACUAUGACAAGAGCCUCAAGGAAUCAGAAAUAGCUGAAAUGCUGAAGCAAGAAGAGUAUGAGAGUCAACAGAAAUGUGAAAAGUGUUACAAGGUAGGAAGGAGGAAAUGAGCACUGGGCACACACCCGCAUUGGGUACCAAUUUCUGUAGCUACAUCCACAAAGAAGGCCAUUUUCAUACAGGAAAGCAUUAAACAACUUGAGAAAGAGCCCUUCAACCAGGAAUCCCUGCCAGGUACCUCCAGGAUCACUCCAGCAAUGCUUUAA